AUGGCUGGGCUCAUCAAGAAGCAGAUCCUGAAGCAUCUCUCCAGCGCCAUCAGGAUACCAUGGACAAAGUUGAAGACUCACCCAAUCUCUUUGACCCUGGAUAAAGUGGUGAUGGAGAUGAGUACCUGUGAUGAGCCCCGUCCCCCCAAUGGCCCAUCUCCCAUAGCAACAGCAUCAGGACAAAGUGAAUAUGGCUUUGCUGAGAAGGUGGUAGAGGGGAUGUCACUGUCCAUCAACUCCAUCGUCAUCAGGAUCAGUGCCAAGGCCUUUAACGCCUCCUUUGAGCUCUCCCAGCUGCAGGUCUACAGCGUCAACACCAGCUGGAGCAUCAGUGACCUGCGAUUCACCCGCAUCCAGGACCCUCAGAGGGGAGAGAUCCUGACGUUCAAAGAGAUCAGCUGGCAGAUGAUUCGUAUUGAGGCUGACGCUAUCCAGAGCGCUGAGCAUGAGAUGUUGAGUGCCCCCAUUCGCCUCAUCACCAACCAGUCCAAGAUCAGAGUCACUCUCAAGAGACGGAUUAAGGACUGUAACGUGGUGGCCUCCAAGCUGAUUCUGAUCCUGGACGACCUGCUCUGGGUGCUGACAGACUCCCAGCUCAAAGCCAUGGUGCAGUAUGCCAAGUCUCUCAGCGAGGCCAUGGAGAAGUCUGCACAGCAGAGGAAGAGCAUGGCCACAGAAGACCAGGUGUCAUCAGCGCCACCCACAGCCCAGCAGGUGCGUACCCAGCAGGCGUCCACAGCAGCUGACCAGAAUGCAACCAUGGCCAAGCUGUUCAGCGCCUACGACGUCUGCGAGACGUCCCACCACCUCCAGAUCACACACCUCGACCUGCACAUCUGUGAUGACAUCCAUGUUAAGGACAAAGUGAGCAAUAAGAGGAUAACGGGUGGGGCCAUGCAGCUUUCCUUCAGCUCCAUUACUCUGGACUACUACCCUUUCCACAGAGCAGGUGACUGUUGUGCGCACUGGAUGCACUACAGCGAGGCCACCAAGACCAGAGAGGGCUGGGCACGGAGUCUGCUCGAUGAGUUCAAGUCCAACGUAGAGAUGCUAAAGAGUGCGGUUCGAGACCAGCAAGGCCCGGCCCCUGCACACAGUUCCCCACAACACGGUAAGAUAAACACCUCUUCCAGCGCUUCCUUCAGUCCUCCUCCCCCUCAAACCCCCAAGACCCAGCUCAUGUCCAGCUCUGUUGUUCUCAGGAUGGCUGACUUCAGCAUCUACCAGGUGUCAACAGCAGACCAGCGUCGCUCCAGCCCCAAGACCAUGAUCUCCUGCAAUAAGAAGGCCUUAUACCUUCCUGCCGAGAUGCCAGCCAUUCAUGUCGAGUUCACGGAGUACUACUUCCCCGAUGGAAAAGACUAUCCCAUCCCGUGCCCUAACCUGUACGUCCAGCUGAACGCCCUGCAGCUGGUUCUGGAUCCUCGCAGCCUGGUGUGGAUCAACCUUUUCACCCUCGACCUCAGGCAGAGUCUGGAGCAGUUCAUGGAGAUCUACAAGCUCAGUGACUCGCAGAAACCCGAAGAGCAUGUUGACAUCAAGGUUGACGGCCUCAUGCUUAAGCUGGUGAUUCCCACCAAUUGGGACGCCUCCUGUCCCGCUGAUCUGCCUCGCUCCAUUUCAGUGCAGACCUCAGAAAUGGUGGCCACAAACACCCGGCACCCGGCUAACUGCACCCGCUCCCACCUCGAGGCCUUGUUGCAGGCCUUUGAAGAGGAGCCCUUCUUCUCUCCCUGUUUCUCCUCCUUCCCUCGCUCCUCCUCCUCCUUACCCCUUCUCCAUCCCGUCUUCCAGCGCCACGCUCACGAACAAGACACCAAGCUUCAUGAAAUCUACCGGGGCCUGGUGGUGCCGACGUUGGGCACAGACGCCCUCAAGAUGCCGGCCGCCUCUGACUUUUGGGCGUUGCACUUUGCCCAGUUCUGGGUGGACUAUGAAGGCACCUGCGGAGGAAAGGGGAGACCGCAGCCCUUUGUGGACUCCUUCCCUCUUACCAUGUGGGCAAGUCAGCCUGCAAAGAUUGUCCAGCACCAGGAGAAGCUCAGAGGUGGUUUGUCCAGAAGCACAUCAGGAGAGGCUGUUGCACGUCUGCAGAGGAAACGAUUAUUAAAGGACUAUUAUAGUACUGAUGGUGCUGCAGCAUCAGCACACGAUUCAACGCUGCCUUCCAGGAACGGACUUCAUAAACCUCUCUCAUUGGGAAGCCCGCCUUCCUCCUCCUCUUCUUUGUCAUCAUCAAGUAAAGAAGCAGAUGUGCAUGUAUUGGUGCACGUGCAGAAGCAUCUAAGUGCUCAGGUAUUUUUUUUCAUCCUUUAUCGUUUUCAAUACUGCACAAUAUACAACAUACAUUACCCUUUAACUGGAUCGGGAGGAAAGGCUCCGAAAGACCGCAUGGGGACUCCCUCUCAGCAUCUUGCAGACCACCAGCCCUUCACUGUCUGCCUGGGUCUCCUGCUGAAAAGCGCAGAGGUGUCCCUGCUCCUGAAGCCCAUCCCCCAGCCUGAGGGUUCACGAUCUCCUCUGGGGUCCGAGCUCUCCCCCUCAGAGAGCCGGGGAACUCUGGAGCCUGGGAGCGAUGCAGGAGAGGGGGUGGAGAAGGGGAGUGAAGGAGCUGGAUCUGGGUCCGAAGGAGGAGCAGCAGCCAGAGGGGAUUACACUGUAGACCAGCUGUUAUGUGGUGAUAGCUCAGAGGGUGGAGCCUCUCAUGGUCCUGCCCCUCUCGUCCCCAACUCUACGCGUCCUGACUCAAAUCACAAAGCCCCGCUGGACGAGAGGACUUCAGCUAAGAACUCUGGGAGGCGGAGUUCAGAUGAAGGGGGCGAGGCAGUAGUGGAUGGGUUGGCUGGAGGUGAAGAUGUUGUAGCUGGACUAGAUUUUAAAACCCAGACAGGUGACCCCCUGUCAGACUGGAGCGACAAAGACAAGGCUGCAGCCGCCAAGAUGCCUCAGUCAAUAUCCAGUGGUCGUCUGAUGCGAGACCGCUCCCAGUCCAGUUUCUCUGUGUCCUAUAAGAACAUGAAGAAGAGCCCGUCCCUGCAGUCGCUGGACAACAUCUCUAUAGACAGCUACCUGAUGGAGGACGGAGACGCGUACAGUCUGCUAGAGAGAGAUGACGUGUCCAUGUCAGGCUUCAAGGAUGCCAUCAGCGAACAGAGUGCCACUGAGAGCGCCACAGAGGCAGUGAUUGGUCAGGAGCAGGAGGGAGGCGUGUCCCCCGACACUGUCAGCGCGACCUCCCAGAGCAUAGACGAUCCCACCAAAGAUACAGUGUCGGUGCUGGUGUUGAAGGUGCAGUCGGUGUGUGUGGGCAUGGAGGCGUUUGGCGAGAGCACGGCCGUGGCUCUGGAGGUGGGCCAGGUCACACCCAGCCAGCUGGGCAAUGUCAGCCUGAGACAGUACCUCAGCAACCGCAGCCUGGGUAUGGUGUGUUCAGUACCAAUACCUGCUCAAAGCAGCCAAGCUGGCGGUGAGAUCAGCUCUGCGCCCGCCGGGGGCCUCCACAGUCCAGCGGUGUGCGCCCGCCUUGAGAGCGGGCCCUGCGCCGCCGCUCACUCCCCGCUGGCCGAGCGCAACGGCUUCCUGCAGCUGCGUCUCCACGGAUACCAGGCAAGCUUCUUGAUGUCCACGCUGCGUAACCUGGCUCACUUCCUGGAGGACGACUCUGCGCCGCUGGUGCUGCCCAUGGAGAUCAGCGUCAGGGACACACACGUCAACUUAAAGGACGACGGUCCCCGUGACAAUCUCUCUGACUCUGAGUCCUCGCCUAUCACCCUGCAUGUGGACAGCCUCAUAAUACACAGAAGAGACGACGGCUCCUUCUAUAUCGGAGUGGACACAGCAGCGGAGACCAAACCAUGGAAAGGGGGUGCGUUGAUUGAUAGCGCUCUGACUCCAGUCCCUGAGAUUGUGGGUGGUGUCUGCGGUAUACCAAAGGCUACACAGACCCAAGCCCCACCCACCACCCCCCCUCCAUCUAGCAGAGAAAAGAUGCUGGUGGAGGAAAACGAAUGUUUGAAAGUGGAGCUGUCCCGAGCCAAGAUGGCGCUGGCUGAGGCUCAGAUGGAGAAGGACUCACUGCUGCACCGCAUGAAGAACCUCAAAACCAGCUAGACCCGGCUCCCUCUUCGCACCCACGCCCAGCCAGUCAGUCGUUCAUCUCUGCAGUUAUGAAGACUGACACUGAUGGGCAGCAAGGAAAAUUAAAGGCAACAUCAACAAGCAAAGAAAAAGACUAAAACGGCUCCCUUGACUGGCUUAUUUGUUGAGUGAGCCGCCAUUAGACUUCAAAAUAAUUCCCUCAUGAAGCAAUGCAGAGUCUGUGUGAAGACUCAAAAAUACACGUUUUUACACGCUUGUCGUCUGUUAUAUGUUCUCCACUUUGAGAGUUGAAAAGGGAGAAAUGACAUUUAAUGGGUCUGUUUGUGUGUGUGUCUGUGUAUGUGUGUGAAAGCAAGAGGAUGAGGAUCUAUAUCCGUGGUUGUGCCUACAGAAUUCCCUUCCCCGGCUACCCCUAUUGUGCAAGUUAAAACCGAAAAGAAUCACAGCUAACUUUAGAUGAGCUUCAUUCAAUCCUGUAAAUAUGAAGGAAAACUGAAUGUCGUAUCUUCAGAGGAAUGUCUUAAAAAAAAAACAAAAAAAAAGACUUAUUUUGCACUGCACAGAAAUUAAACUUGUAAUUUAGUGCUUUCAUAUUCAGAGGGCACGAGACAAAUCAUGCUCUCACUCGUCCUCAGUGUGUACAGUGUAAAUUGUAUAUGAAUGUGAACACAACUAUUUUCUUCAGAACUUUGAAAGGUUAUACAGUGUUUUGUGUGUGUGGGUUUGUUUGUUUGUGUGUGUGUGUGUGUGUGUGUGUGCGCCGCAACAAGCAUUUCAUUACAAGCAGAGGAUGAAUUUAUAUCAGUCAGUUCCACAGCUUUGUUAGCAAAAUGCCCAACAAUAAUGUCUGUAUCCCCCCUCCUAUUUUUCUAUGUGUAAAUAGCUACUUAACAUGUGCAGCACUUUUAAAACUGAGUCACUGUAAAUACAACAAGCAGAGCUGUGAGAGAGCUGACGAGUUGAGAGAGAAAUGUAGUAACUUGUGGGAUUAGGAAAAUUAAGGCACAUUGAAGCUGCCUGACUACAUACAUAUAUAUAUAUAUAUAUAUAUAUAUAUGUGUAUAUAUGUAUGUGUGUUUAUGUAAAUUUCUAAUCUACCAUGUGUAAUUUUGUCAUGGAUAAGCAUUGACCAUAUCUGCUGCUGUUCCAUGCAUCAUGCCUGUGUGAAGAUUUCAGGGGAAACCCCUGAGUAGAUGUUUAAAAUGACAAAAAUCGACCUACUUCUAACAGCACAUGCUUUGGCACAGCACAAACGACUAUAAAAGGACAGUUUGAGGUCUCCAAACUUUGCUCUCACAUGUAACGGUUAACCGUGGAUUCAGUACAUCCAUCAGUCUAAAUAUGCAACCGUCUUAAGCUGUACUUUAGCUCGGCCCAGUUCAUAUCAGUUUCUAUCUUUAAAAAACAAACCAGUUCUGCUUCCUGUAAAAGGGGUGAAACGCAACUAGUUCUUUGCACAAACAUGUCAAGUAUCAAGACUUGAAAUGUCAUAAGUAGAAUUUUAACACGAUUGUAUGUGAAGAGUUUUGUUUGGUGAAGAGGAACUUCUUUCUUUAUCAUCUUGUGUUUUUCCUCCAUUUAUCACCGCCCCUCCUCCCUUCUCUUUGGGAAACUCCCCCCUCUGAGACCCUGUGGAGGAAAGAAAAAGACACAAAGUAAUAAGUUGUAUUUUGUCUGUCAAAGCUGCUGAAUUACUGAUGAAAAUAAAAGGGUUUGGAAUUUGAAA